UAGUUGUGAUGUAAUUGCAAGCGUCAUACAUAUUUGCGAUCAUGUGAAGGAAGGUUAUAGCUUUAUUGUUUUUCACCGUGUGAGAUAGUGCAAGGGCACGCUGUCGUCACUUAUUUGCAUUGUUGAAAAACGUUGAUAGUGAGACGUGAUAAGUGAACGGCUUAUCAGUGCCGGUGUACACGAUGCAGAGUUUCAGUAGGUGACGCGAGCGUCGGUGGCAGGGGAGCAGGGUCGUAGGGGGCGAUGGAGUUUGCGACGGGCGCCGUGGCGGCGGCUUGCGCCACCUUCGUCACCAACCCGCUGGAGGUGGUGAAGACCCGGCUGCAGCUGCAGGGGGAGCUCCGGGCGAGGGGCAGCCACGCCGGCCCCUACCGGGGCACGCUCCAAGCCCUGCGCGCCGUGGUUCGGGCCGAGGGACUCCUGGCCCUGCAGAAGGGGCUGGUGCCCCGGCUCUGGCUCCAGACGCUGCUCAACGGCACGCGGCUGGGGCUGUACCAGGCGGCCGAGGACAGGGGCCUGACGCUGGACUCGGGAGGACGCCUGUCCCUGCCCAGGUCCUCGCUGGCCGCGGCGGUCGCCGGCUGCUGUGGCAUUUUCCUCGGGAGCCCGUUCUUACUUGUGAAGACGCACCUCCAGGCGCAGGGGGCGGAAGGAUGGGCGGUCGGGCGCCAGUACAAGCACGCCAGCAUGACCCAGGGCCUCCGGGGGAUCUACGCGCUGCACGGCGUGCCGGGGCUGUGGAGGGGGGCGGUCUCAGCAGUGCCCCGGGGGGCCCUCGGUUCCGUCGUGCAGCUGGUGGCAUACAGCUCCUCCAAGCAGCGGCUCGACGGCUACCCGAUGUUCCAUGAGAGACUGCUGCUUAAAACAUUAAUAGCGAGCAUAGCAAGCAGCACAAUAUUGGCUCUAUGCACGACACCGUUUGAUGUUGUCUCAACACGCAUGUACAACCAAGGAGUGGAUGCGAAGGGUCGUGGACUGCUGUACACGGGCACUUGGGACUGCUUGGUGAAGAUCUGGCGUAGCGAAGAUUGGCGUGCCGUGAGAAGCCGGAAGUGCCGGUCGACUUCAAGAGUGAUGCCCAGGGGUGUCGCAGAUGCCGGCUGCUCGUGGAAGGGUGGCGGUACUGCUGCCCGGUGCUCGGGAGCGAAGCGCGCAUGAGCCGCGGCUGGUCUGAAGCGACCAGCCGAAGACCUGCCACGCCAGCGACAGUUCCUCCGGCAUGCGACGCACGAGAGUGAGCAGCGUGCCAAGAAUAUCCUCCUGCGGAGGCCGGCCGCUUCGCAUCGUUCUUGUGCGCUCCCUCAAGUCUUUCUCUCUUUUUCUCCUCUCCCCUGUUCCCUGCCACAAUUCACACAACCUCAUUGCUGCACCAAAACUCAUAUCCACAAAGUAUUAUUUACUCUCUGUCUCCUGAUCUUGAGUAGAAUAUAUACGCUCAGGUUUAGGUACCGAUUUUAACAAAGUUGUCAAGGUACUAAUCAUGCAAGUGUGAUUUGCUGUAUUUUAAUUUUUUUUUUUCAUGUUGUUUUCAUAACUAUAUCUUUACGUGUGUAUUUCAUAGUGUGUUUGUAACAUUUCUAGAAUAUUGGGUAUUUUUUUGGGAAAGACAGGUGCACAAAAUGUUGUCGCCAGUUUUUCAGACAUUUUUAUCAGUUACAGAUAUUUUGGCACUUUCUACAAUUAUUCUCAUGAUGGGAAAAUUGGCAGAUGUUAGUUCCUGCAGGCAGCUGUAAUUUUUCUGAUAUUGCAUGCUAGCCAAUUAGAAAAACCCGUGUAUUGUAUGAUUGUUAGUGAAAUGCCUCGAUUCAGGGUAAUGCAUGUUAUAUAUGGUGGUGUAGAGCUGCGCUGUGAUUAGUCGGUGAGGUCACGUGACUGCCUCUUCCCUGUGUGGCUAUAGGCAGUUGCGUAGCCUCGUCAGUUCUUGUUCGAGUGCUGUGCCGAUAGGUCGCGCUGUUCAGUGGCUUAACCAAACAAUUAUCUACGAGUGCGUAGAGGCGGACAAUUACCCUUCUUUAUACCGGAGCCGUGCAGCAGAAAGUUUUAACUUUUGUUGCUUUAUUUUUUGGGAUGUUUACAUAAUUAUAAAACCAGGUCCACAGACGUGCGGUGUAGGAUGGGUGACCAGGCGGUUCACCGAGUCAUAGUUCCUGUGUCCCAUCCUAGAUGGAGGAGGUCGCGAGGGACAUUCGUACGUUAAUCACAGGACAGUGAAGAGCACACGUGCGUUAUGUUGAGAUUCUUUGUCACAUGACGGAUUAGUAUUGAUUUAUUAAAAACAGUAUUCUUUCUUGAAUGAUUUAAUUUGUAUCUCAUUAAUAUAAAUUGCUGAAAUUUUAUUUGGUUCAUUCCUAUUUGUGUUCAAUGAUGUAGACCAUCUGUUUGUACCUGUGUACACACACUUCUUCUUUCCUUACAACAGUACUCGUAUUGUAGCUCAUAGGUUAUCGAUAGGAGAAACAUGACACAUUGAUAUCUUAUUUUGAUGAUUUGUAUAUCUGUAUCAUGAAGCGCUGUUGAAAUUUAUCAUGCACCUUAUUACAAAUCAGGUCGGCCUGGCUGAAAGGCGACCCAACUUGAAUCUUCACGAAACUCUCUAAAAAAAAUAAAUUCUGAAAAUGUUUGUAGAUGUUUUUAAUUUAGAUGUUACUUUUGAAUUUAUGUGAACUGUAUUUACUGAAUAAAAAUAUUAGUAGAA